GGGCUGCACCUUGCUCAGCGCGGAGCCCGCCAGCUCCAGCCCAGGUAGCCGCAGCCCGGAAGCUUCCCCGCCGGCGCCCAAGGCACGCGCGGCACAGCCAUGAACACCAACGAUGCCAAGGAAUAUCUGGCCCGGAGGGAAAUCCCUCUGCUUUUCGAGAGCCUUUUGAAUGGACUGAUGUGUUCUAAGCCCGAAGACCCAGUAGAAUACUUGGAAAGUUGUUUACAGAAAGUAAAAGAACUAGGCGGCUGUGACAAGGUGAAAUGGGAUACAUUUGUCAGCCAGGAAAAGAAGACCUUACCUCCGCUCAAUGGAGGACAGUCACGGAGAUCCUUUCUGAGAACUGUAAUGCCUGAAAAUUCAAACUUUCCAUAUCGGCGGUAUGAUCGGCUCCCUCCAAUCCAUCAAUUCUCCAUAGAAAGUGAUACGGACCUCUCCGAGACUGCGGAGUUAAUUGAAGAAUAUGAAGUUUUUGAUCCUGCUAGACCUCGACCAAAAAUCAUUCUUGUCAUAGGUGGUCCAGGAAGUGGAAAGGGUACUCAAAGUUUGAAAAUCGCAGAACGCUACGGAUUCCAAUACAUUUCAGUGGGAGAAUUAUUAAGAAAGAAGAUCCACAGUGCCAGCAGCAACAGGAAAUGGAGUCUUAUUGCCAAAAUAAUUACAACUGGAGAAUUGGCCCCACAGGAAACAACAAUUACAGAGAUAAAACAAAAAUUGAUGCAGAUACCUGAUGAAGAGGGCAUUGUUAUUGAUGGAUUUCCAAGAGAUGUUGCCCAGGCUCUGUCUUUUGAGGACCAAAUCUGUACUCCCGACUUGGUGGUAUUCUUGGCUUGUGCCAAUCAGAGGCUCAAAGAAAGAUUACUGAAGCGUGCAGAGCAACAGGGGCGGCCUGAUGACAAUCUGAAAGCAACCCAGAGAAGACUGAUGAACUUCAAGCAGAAUGCUGCUCCGUUGGUUAAAUACUUCCAGGAAAAGGGGCUCAUCAUGACAUUUGAUGCUGACCGAGACGAGGAUGAGGUGUUCUAUGACAUCAGCAUGGCAGUUGACAGCAAGUUAUUUCCAAACAAAGAGGCUGCAGCAGGUUCAAGUGACCUUGAUCCUUCAAUGAUGCUGGACACUGGAGAGGUCCUUGAUACAGGAUCUGACUAUGAAGAUCAGGGUGAUGACCAGUCAAAUGUGUUUGAAGAGGACACCGUGGGAGGUGUCCUGGAAGAUUUGAGGAAGUGCAAAAUUAUUUUCGUGAUUGGUGGCCCGGGCUCUGGCAAAGGCACGCAGUGUGAAAAGCUGGUGGAAAAAUAUGGAUUUACACAUCUCUCGACUGGUGAGCUCCUGCGUAACGAGCUGUUAUCAGAAUCUGAAAGAAGCAAAUUGAUCAGAGACAUCAUGGAACGUGGAGACCUGGUGCCUGCAGACGUCAUCCUGGAGCUGCUGCGGGAAGCCGUGGUGACCAGCCUCGGCCACACCCGGGGCUUCCUGAUCGAGGGCUAUCCUCGGGAAGUGAAGCAAGGCGAAGAGUUCGGACGUAGGAUUGGAGACCCGCACUUGGUGAUCUGCAUGGACUGCUCGGCAGACACCAUGACCAGCCGCCUUCUCCAGAGGAGCCAGAGCGGCCCGGGCGCGGACAGUGCCGCUGCCAUCGCCAAGCGCCUUGAAGCCUACUACCGGGCUGCCAUCCCCGUGAUCGCCUACUAUGAGACGAAAACACAGCUACGCAAGAUCAAUGCUGAGGGGACACCAGAGGAAGUUUUUCUUCAACUCUGCACAGCUAUUGACUCUAUUUUCUGAAGACAAAUGCAUGUACAUUAAGGAGAGUGGAGACAGGAAAACAUUAAAAGGUUCACACCUUAACAAUAUGUUUCAGGUUAAACUUUUUGUGUCCCUUUCAAAUCCUGACAUUGCUGUUUGCUUCCCAGCUUGAACUGUCUGAGGCGUCUGGAAACCAUGCAUGGUGUAUUUGGCAUUACCCAACCUCUUCACAGUUCAGACAGCUGUCUGCACUCGCAGCACGCACUUUUCUCUCUGCAGGUAGCACCUCAGAGCUAAGUUAGAAUGAGGACAGCAGUGCAGUGCGUCUUGUCAGUCAUGCCCUCAGGACUUGCUAGAGUCUGAUCAUUGGGUUCUCCUCUCACCAAACAGGCAGUCAGCAUCCCUAACUUCCCCAUCCUAUCUUCCUUCCUCUCGCGAUGAUGUACAUGCUUGUUGCCUGGUGAAGGCCCUUCAUAUUGGGUGGGGGUUGGAGGGGGAAUAAGCCAGGGCAUCUUCCUCUGGUAACUGUUUCCUCAAGUCGCUCAGAGCCAGAGAUCAGGUUGACGAUACCAAUUAUUCAUUAGAAAUCUGAUUCAAUUUGAAAACCCUAAGGCAAAAAUGUGAAACUGUAUAGCUUUUCCAAGACAGCAAAACCCAGAUUAGUCACCAGUAACACUUCUCUAUUCAUUUUUAUGAAUCUAGCUACUUGGAAUGCUAUCAUAAUGGCUAAGAGAACAAACUGGAGAAAACUGACCUGUUCUAUACCUAGUAGUAUAUUUUGGAAAUUAUAAAUCAACACGAACCAAAUGUAAUUUAAAAGCAUAAGGUGGUUUAUUAUUGCAUUCACUGGACUAAUGUCAACUUGUUUUGAUUUUAAGUGAUCAUCUAUUUACUUAAUAUUGUUGCCAGACAACUAAGAAUUACAGUAAGAAAGCUGAUGUGGGUGGGAGGAGCAUGUCAGUACACAAUGCUUAACAGGUCCUGAUGCUAUUGUUUGUUUCCUACGGGCCUUUUCCAGGGGU